ACCAUGAGCUAUCUUUUAAAGGGUGCUCUGGAUCAACUUAAGAUAUUUCGAGAUCCCAAUAUGGCGGCGCAGCAGUGCAAAACGAACUUCGAGGAAUUUCAUUACCUAGACGAAGACAUUAACAAUGAGAUAUAUGUGGAACGAACCGACUAUGACCGGACGUACCGCGAAGGAAGUGGUACCGCCGAUGACCUUGGCGUUUUUCCUCCCCCUCCUCCACCGCCAGAUGGUAAGGACUGUCUUCAAUGUGGUAAAGAGAACUGUUGUAAUUUUAUUCCUUCUGACCUCGAUAAAGCUGCGGGAAGAUAUAGAGGAGAAAAAGGAGAUCGUGGACCUAGGGGUCCACCAGGAGAAUCUAUUCGAGGUCCACCAGGCCCUCCAGGUCCUCCAGGUUCCCCAGGACUUCCAGCUGCAGAGGGUUCUUGUUCGUGCAACAUAACCUCAAUCCUCGCAGCCCUCCCCGAACGUUCCUCCUCUGCCUACGCAGUAGAGGGCAGAGCGGGUAGUCCGGGACCCCCAGGACUGCCGGGACCCGCUGGUGAAAGAGGCCCCUCAGGUCACAAGGGCGAUAAGGGUGAUAGAGGAGAAAGAGGUCCUCAAGGAGCAUCCGGAGUACAAGGGAUUAAAGGAGAGCCAGGAAAGGAUGGGGUACAGGGACCCCCGGGACCCCCUGGACCUCCGGGGCCUGUUGAGUUUGAAAAUGUUGACCCAAGCUGGAAAACCAGAGGACCGUUUAAGGAGAGCGUCAUUGGAGGUCCCCUGCUGAGAGGCGGGGUUCCGGGACCAAAAGGAGAGGUAGGAAAACCAGGUCCAGCUGGCCCUAAGGGCGAUAGAGGAGCCCAAGGCCCUAAAGGACCUGCAGGGGAGCCUGGCCAUAAAGGAGAUCGAGGAGAUAGAGGUCUUCCUGGAGACAAAGGAAGUAUGGGUCCAAAAGCAGAUCGUGGCGAUCCAGGGGUAGAUGGAAUUCCUGGAACUCCCGGCAAAUCAGGAGAUAAAGGAGAAAAAGGUGAUUUGGGGCCACCGGGACCGCCUGGAAUAUCGGUAGGCACGACUGACAUAUCGUCAGUAGUACCAAACCUGGCUGGAAUCAAAGGUGAACCUGGGCAAAAAGGAGAAAAAGGAGACAAGGGUUCAGAUGGGGAAGCAGGUGUACCAGGUGUGUCAGGAUCUGCGGGAGCUUCUGGGCCGCCUGGAGAAAAAGGAGAUCCAGGAGUGGAUGGCGCUGUGGGUCCUGUGGGACCCCCGGGGUCCAAAGGAGAUAAAGGCGAGAAAGGACCACCUGGAGCUGUUAUUGUUGCUGAAGGAAAUGCUCAAAUUGUUACUGUUAAGGGCGAGAAGGGCGAAAUGGGAAAACGCGGUCGACGUGGUAAGCUGGGACCCAUGGGACCUCCUGGACCCCCCGGCAAACCCGGAGACAUCGGUUUGCCCGGAUGGAUGGGGCGGCCUGGAAUACCUGGAAUCGAAGGCCCAAAAGGAGAAAAAGGAGAUUCUGGAGGGCCUAAAGGUGAUAAGGGCGACAGGGGACAAGAUGGAACUCCAGGCAAAGACGGUGCCCCCGGUCCUCCUGGACCCCCAGGCCCCGCUGGACCCACUGGACCCCAAGGAAUUCCUGGGCCUCCAGCAUCCGGAGAUGCCGUCAAGUAUGUUCCGGUGCCUGGACCUCCGGGGCCCCCAGGGCCUCCCGGUCACCCUGGACUAUCCAUCCAGGGCCCCAAAGGAGAACCUGGCAUCGUAGCUGCUUAUGGGGAAGCUGUGAGAUACAACUUGAGGCCAGGACACAAAAGCAGUUUGGAUGAACUGCGGGCUCUCAGGGAACUAGAGGACCUUAAAGAGUAUUCAGGAAGAGCAACAGCAGCUCCACCUCUAGCGACUCACUCUAAAGAGGAGCUUCCAGUUAAAGUGGUUCCCGGAGCUUUGACAUUCCACAAUAAGGAGGUCCUGGGCAGGAUGACGGAGUCAAGUCCUUUAGGUACGAUGGCUUUCAUCAUAGAAGAGGAUGCGCUUGUGAUCAGGGUUAGAAGAGGAUGGCAAUAUAUCGCGCUUGGUUCUUUGUUGACUACAUAUACCCCACCCCCUCUAACAACUAUGAGUCCUCCAUUAAAGCUGCCGUUUGAAGCUAGUAAUUUAGUAAAUCAUGCAGUAAGGUCUGCAGAUGGAUCACACUUACGUUUAGCAGCCCUAAACGAACCCUCUACAGGAAACGCCCAUGGCGUGAGCGGCGCCGACUACGCGUGCUACAGAGAAGCACGAAGAGCGGGUCUGCGCGCCACCUUCCGGGCGAUGUUGUCAUCAAGAACGCAGAACGUCGAUUCGCUCGUCAGGCUGCAAGAUAGGAAACUACCUGUUGUUAACUUGCACGGGGAGUUGCUGUAUCACUCGUGGGCUGAAAUGUUCAAAGGCGAUGGCGCACCGUUUCCUCAGCAACCAGCGAAAAUCUACUCGUUCAGUGGUAAAAACGUUCUGAACGACCCAACGUGGCCACUAAAGGCGGUGUGGCAUGGGGCACUGCCUAAUGGUGAACGGGCGCUUGAUUUUUCGUGCGAUUCUUGGCACAAUUCAUCCAGAGAUAAGGUUGGUCUGGCAGCCAGUCUUCGUGGUACAGGAUUACUUGAACAGACUCCCUUCUCGUGUGAUAAGAAACUGAUAAUGCUCUGUAUCGAAGCCACAAGUGAAGGUCAGAAGAGAAAAAGGAGAGAUAUAAAUUUGAAAGACGAAAAUCAACUGCUGUCUGAAGAAGAAUAUCACAAACUACUAGGAUCCAUUCGUUGAAAAUAAUCUUCAACAUCUUCAACAGCUCCAUCCACGUCCAGUUCAUUAGCAAAUAUGUUGUAACAAUGCCGAUUUGAAGUAUAAAAACUAUUACAGAUGUUUUGGAAAAAUACCAAAUAAUUGCUGUAAAUAGGUAAAUUCGUAAAGGUUUUAGUUUUAUUGAAUGCCAUUUUAUACGUUUUAUACAUUGUUUGUUUUAUUGAUAAUGAUGUGUGUACCGUUGUUUUGAUACUACUUUACAGUGAAAAAAUUACUUCAUAAAAAUGUUACACUUUCAUCCAAAUACUUAUUUUAUUCUUCAUUUUCAUUGGUUUGUUCUGUAAUGAUAUCAAACAUCGAAUUUUAUUAGAAUGUCAAACCAUAAGUUUCUAACUCAUUUCUUGGAUCUUAUUCAUACCAUGGUAUUUAUUUCAUUCAUAUCAUUAAUAGCAUUCAUUAACACAUUCUACCUGAAGAUAGCCAACCUAAUGCUAUAAUUAUAUAUACAUAUAAAAAUUAAUAAACAGAGAAACAGUUGUGACAAAUUUUCGUGGAUGACGCUACGAUAUCUUAUUUUAAUAUUUUUUUCGACAGGCGAAUAUAUCAUUAGGUUGGCUAUCUCCACGUGGAAUACGUUCAACAAUCGUAAUAUAGUUGUGUAGAAAUUUUUACAUGUUCCCGGUCCCUUUUAAAUAAUAUAUCAGUAGGUUUUUAAAAUGGGUUUUAUGUGUGACAUAUCGGACGUGCUAGCAAAAUAUUCCUGUGUUAAUUUUGAAUUGAAUGUAAAUAGACUCUAUGUGUAAAUGUUUCAAAUCAGAUAUUAGCUAUUUGAUGCCAUGUAUUUGUAAUAAAUUAUUUAUAAAUGUUAAAUACAACUAGGUUAUA